UCUGCUCACAUGGUAGAUUUUCCCUUCCUGUCCCUGCGUGGCCGGCGAUCUCUUCACAGGAUCCAUACGCUUUUUCCACACUUUUUCCCCCAUCCAUUUUUUUAAUGAAUGUAGGAUUUAAUUACCUCUCGCUGGAUUAAGGAAGGGAUGCAAAAUGAACUGAGUAUGAUGUCUACUGUAAAUGUUUUGUCUUUCAACCGCAAAUCACUGGCUUUCGAGUCACUGCACAAAGUGCGGGUCGGGGUUGAUAAUACAGCAUUCUCGGUUAUUCUGUUAAGGUGACCACAAGUCAUGAGAUCCUCGUCUUCUCGCUUGUCAAGUUUUUCAUCAAAAGAUUCUUUAUGGAGCCGGAUGCCGGAUCAGAUCUCCGUAUCCGAGUUUCUCUCGGAGACCACGGAGGAUUACAACUCUCCCACCACGUCCAGCUUCACCACCCGCCUACAGAGCUGCCGGAACACCGUCGGCGUCCUGGAGGAGGCUCUGGACCAGGACCGGACAGCUUUGCAGAAGGUGAAGAAAUCAGUCAAAGCGAUCUACAAUUCAGGCCAAGAUCAUGUCCAGAACGAGGAAAACUACGCACAGGCCCUGGACAAGUUUGGUAGCAACUUCAUCAGCCGGGACAACCCCGACCUGGGAACGGCGUUCGUCAAGUUCUCCACGCUGACCAAGGAGCUGUCUGCACUGCUCAAGAACCUGCUGCAGAGUCUCAGCCACAAUGUCAUCUUCACCCUGGACUCCCUGUUGAAAGGAGACCUCAAAGGGGUCAAAGGGGACUUAAAGAAGCCUUUUGACAAAGCCUGGAAGGACUAUGAGGCCAAGUUCACAAAGAUUGAGAAGGAGAAGAGGGAACACGCCAAGCAGCACGGAAUGAUCCGCACGGAGAUCACGGGGGCGGAGAUUGCCGAGGAGAUGGAGAAGGAGAGGCGACUCUUUCAGCUGCAGAUGUGUGAGUACCUGAUCAAAGUGAAUGAGAUCAAGACGAAGAAGGGCGUGGAUCUUCUCCAGAACCUUAUCAAGUAUUACCACGGACAGUGCAACUUUUUCCAAGACGGCUUGAAGACUGCAGACAAGCUGAAGCAGUAUAUCGAGAAGCUUUCUGCAGACCUCUACAAUAUAAAGCAGACUCAGGACGAGGAGAAGAAGCAGCUCACGGCCCUGCGAGACCUGAUCAAAUCCUCCCUGCAGCUGGACCAGAAGGAGGACUCUCAGAGCAAGCAGGGUGGUUACAGCAUGCACCAGCUCCAGGGGAACAAGGAGUUCGGCAGCGAGAAGAAGGGCUACCUAAUGAAGAAAAGUGAUGGUUUGAGGAAGGUCUGGCAGAGGAGAAGAUGUUCUGUCAAGGGAGGCAUCCUCACGAUCUCGCACGCCACGUCCAACAGGCAGCCAGUGAAGCUCAACCUGCUCACCUGCCAGGUGAAACCCAGUCCCGAAGACAAGAAGUGCUUCGACCUCAUUUCCCAUAAUCGGACAUAUCACUUUCAGGCUGAAGAUGAACAGGAAUUUGUGAUCUGGAUCUCGGUGCUGACAAACAGCAAGGAGGAGGCCCUGAACACAGCAUUCCAGGGUGAGCAAAGCGCCGGGGAGGACGGCCUGGAAGACCUCACCAAGGCCAUCAUCGAGGACGUGCUGCGUAUGCCUGGCAACGAGGUCUGCUGCGACUGCGGGGCUGCAGACCCCAAAUGGUUGUCCACAAACUUGGGCAUUUUAACAUGCAUCGAGUGCUCCGGCAUUCACCGGGAAAUGGGGGUUCACAUUUCACGAAUACAGUCCAUGGAACUGGAUAAAUUAGGCACCUCUGAACUCUUGCUGGCCAAGAAUGUAGGAAAUAGUAGUUUUAAUGAUAUUCUGGAGGGAUAUCUCCCUUGCCCAUCACCAAAGCCUACUCCAUCGAGUGACAUGACCGCGCGUAAGGAAUUCAUCAACGCCAAGUACGUGGACCACAAGUUCGUACGCAAGACCUGCACGUCAGCAGCCGCCAAGCUGAAUGAGCUGCUGGAGGCUGUGAAGUCACGUGAUCUGCUGGCACUGAUCCAGGUCUACGCCGAGGGGGUGGAGCUAAUGGAGCCCCUCCCUGAGACGGGCCAGGAGGCAGGAGAGACAGCACUCCACUACUCCGUGCGGACAGCUGACCAGACCUCUCUGCACUUGGUUGACUUCCUGGUCCAGAACAGCGGCAAUCUGGAUAAACAGACGGAGAAUGGCAACACAGCCCUGCACUACUGCUGCAUCUACGAGAAGCACGAGUGCUUGAAGCUACUCCUGAGGGGCAAGCCAGCCACUGACAUCACCAAUCAAAAUGGGGAAACUGCACUGGACGUUGCCAAGCGACUAAGGAAAUCCCAGUGUGAGGAGCCUCUGAUGCAGGCGGCUGCCGGAAAGUUCAACCCCCACAUCCACGUGGAAUACGAGUGGAGGCUGGAGGAGAUGGACGAGAGCGACGACGACCUAGAUGACAAGCCCAGCCCCGUGAAGAAGGAGCGCUCCUCUCGGCCCCAGAGCUUCUGCCACCCAUCCAGCAUCUCCCCCCAGGACAAGCUGUCCCUCCCCAGCUUCACCGGCCUCCGGGACAAGCAGCGUCUCUCCUACGGCGCCUUCACCAACAGCGCCCCCACUGACUCGCCCACCUCACCCGUCACAGACGGCCCUCCCCUGCCCCCCCGGAAUGCAGCUAAAGUUCCUUUCUGCGCCCCCCCCUCCUCCCUCCCUCUGAGCUCACAGGCUCCUGGGGGGAGCUCUACCCUGUCCAAGAAGAGGCCGCCGCCCCCUCCCCCUGGGCACAAACGCACCCUGUCUGACCCACCCAGCCCAAUACCUCACGGCCCCCAGAGUAAAGGUGGGAUCGCUUGGGGAAAUGACUCGACUCCACCUUCUUUGAACAAGACUUCUCCUUCAUCCAACAAGUUCGAGGGCAUUCUACAGCAGCAAAGUUCUGCUUCAGGUACCACAAAAUCUACACUUGGUCCAAGGGUCCUUCCCAAACUACCUCAAAAAGUGGCACUGCGGAAAAUAGACACCAUCCACCACCCCUCUAUGGACAAAAGCGGCCAGUCUGCCGAGAUCUUUCAGAAGUCACCCCAAUCCACCGAGGUUCUCCAGAAGUCUCCCCUGCCAGAGAAGCCCCAGUUGGCAGAUCUUCCACCCAAGCCCCAGAUCUCCGAGCUGCCCCCUAAGCCUGGAGAGCUACCCCCUAAACCUCCACUGUCUGACCUUCCUCCUAAACCCCAGCUGGGAGACUUGCCCCCCAAGCCCCAAAUUAAGGACCUACCUCCCAAGCCCCAGCUCUCUGACAUCGGUGCGAAGCCCCCAGUAGCUGAACCUGCCCAGAAGCCCCUCUCCGGGGAGCCGAUGCCCAAAUCCCAGCCCUCGGAUUUGCCGGCCCCCAGUCAGCUGGUGGAACCAUCGCCCAAACAGCCGAGCGAAGACACCAAUGGCGGCCCGGCCGGCGCCAGUGAGAUGCCAGUGCCGCUGCCCAGAAAGAUAAACACUGGUAAAGCCAAAGUGAGGCGGGUAAAGACCAUCUAUGAGUGCCAGGCUGACAACGACGACGAGCUAACGUUCGCGGAGGGGGAGGUGAUUGUGGUGACAGGGGAGGAGGACCAGGAGUGGUGGAUUGGCCAUAUCGAAGGGCAGCCGGAAAGGAAGGGGGUGUUCCCCAUGUCAUUCGUGCACAUUCUGUCAGACUGACAGUGGGACGGACAGCUCAGCCGCCCAAUCUCCGGCUGGCCCCGCCCCUCAGUGUGUGCUCCAUCCAAUAGAAUGCCACUGAGGGCCAGAGGGCCACUCCUCUGUAAAUAGCUGCUGUUACAGACAUGGGCAGAGAAAACGCGAAACCACCUGGCCAAAGGUGUGCAGUGUGUGUAUGUAUUGUAAAUAAACUGCGUUAACCUGCCUUUACCAGUAUUAACCUAGCCUUCCAAACCGGCACACCUUACAAGGUUUGUGGUAGCCAUUCUCCAGCACUUAGCAUCUGCUAUGGUAUAUAAGUAUGUAUACAUACAUGUACAUGUAUGAACAUGUAUGCAUAUGUGUGUUCAUGCCUGUGCAUAAUGUAUUUAUACAUGCCUAUUUUUCUGUACAUGCUCCAGUGUGUAUCCUAUCAGUGUAUGCUGCCUGCUAAAGGCGCUUAAGGAGGUCAAAUGGCUAUAUCUCUUAGCUUGUAUAUCACCAGUAUCAUUGCUUAUAUCCCUGAAAUACCCGCAGAAUCAAGGUAACUUUUUGAGACUUCAAAACUCUCACUCUCGCCUGGAAGACUAAAGCGGCAGAGGAAGAGGAGACUUAAUGCAAAGCUAAUAAAUGCAUGUCCGAGGAUGAGAUAUAUCCCCAUUAAAUGUAUCGUUGAGUGCUGCUUGCUGAAUGUUUGAAGAGAGCUGUUCUAUGGAAGCCUGGUACCCAGAAAUGUGAUGCGGUCUGUGUAUCUCAGUAACAUUCAAGGGAUUCAGUUCUCCACCAGCUGGUGGAGAUACUGUCGCAGGACAGAAGUAGCCGAGUCACGCCCCCCCCCAACCCCCCCCUCCUCCUUACCUCCCUGUGACACACACAGCAACGGGCAGGUACCGAUUUCUUAAGUUUGGUGUGUAUUGUGGAGUGGGUUUGAGGGUGGGCCCUCCGUGGGAUCUUCAGAAGUUCCUCCUGACAGAGCAGAUGAAGGCAUGGGGCCCUGGACACCUCACUUUCUGCUGCAGUCUGGACAGCCCUUGGACUCCUGAUGCCAGCAUGUGGUUUUCUGAAGAUUCUGGGCCUUAGAAACCUUUGUGUUAUAACAGACUGGAAUUUCCACCCCCUCCCCCUUAGUGAUGUCACAAGUGUCUGAUAUACAUUAACAGACAGUUCAUACCCAUGCUGUGUCCCCGUAGUCAAAUUUGGGGGCAAAGAAUUCAGUGUAUUAAAAGGUAUUAACCAUC